UUCCUCCUUUGAAAUCUUCUAACCCUAAUCAAAAUUUCUUGCUUUCAUUUCCUAUCAUCGUAGAUUCUUUUUUCCAUCAACGAUUUGAAGAUUUACUAUGGCCGGUAAAGGAGAAGGUAAGGAGAAGGUCCGGCGAUCGGAAUCGAUCUUGGAACCACGUACUUUUGAACCAGCUGUAUCACCUUCUUUUACAGUUGAGGACGAAGACGAAGACAAAUCAGACGAUGCAGAUGACUCCGAUGCAGAGGCAGAUUUGGACAAAAAGGACGAGGAAGAAGACGACAAACAUGAUGAACUGUAAGGGAGAAGAGGUUGAAGUUACGAUUGUUGAUGUUUCUACCAGUCAUCAGAUUGGGAUCGACAGUUUGGAGAACAGAAAAAUUGCUCAUUUUAUAGCUGAUAAGAUCAACAAUUCAUCAGCGAAGGUUCGUGUUUGCCUGCCACGGAAUGGUGUAUCUGCUCUGGAUGCACCAGCGAAGUCAUUUUAUGAUCCUGAGGCUACUGCUACUUUUAUAGAGGAACUACAGAAAGCAAUUCAGUUAAAUAAUGAUAGGCAGGUGAAGGUAUAUCCUUAUCAUAUUAAUGAUCCUGAGUUCGCUGAGUUCGGGGUGGUUUCGCAUGGCUGGAAGGGGUUCUUUAGCAGGUUUGCUGCCUUUUGCCGAUGCUAAUGCCAUAGUGCUUGAAAUGGCCAAUGAAGUAUUGCUUAUAAUUGAAGUGAUAUUGGGUUGAAAGCUAAGCGAUUGUGUAGAAAUGGCCAAGCGACCGUUGAAAAUUGAAGACUGAGAAGGCAUUUACGAUUUUUAAUUAUUUAAUUCUUUUAUUAGAAUCUUUUUUCAUGUACUAUUGUAGAAUGUAUAUAUAAACAUAAUAUUAAUAUUUUAUUUUGUGUAUUCAAAUGUAAAAGACAAAUGUUAUAGUUUCUAACAUAAUAUGAAUUUCAUUGAUUUGUUGACGUGUGAAAAA